GUCAACUUUCACACAACUAGUUCUCAUUGCUUGAGCUGUUAUUAAGCAUUAUAGCUUGUGUGUAUUGAAGACUAGUUGAGUUACUUGAGUAACAAUGAAGGUGUUCCUUUCUCUUGCUGCUCUUAUGCUCGUUUUGGGCAUGGCCCACUCACAAUGGGACAAAGAAACAGAGUUUGAUGAACUCAAUAAUGCAGAAUUAGCACCACAAGGGGAGAAAGAAGUAGAAACGAAGGAAAACGAAGUAGGAACAAAGGAACAAGAAGAAAUGCAGCUUGAAGACACAGACAUGCAGGACAUCAGUAAAGAAGUCAGUGAAGAGGGGGAUAACGUUAAUGCCGAAAACGUUAUUGUUCACUUGACACGUGGCAAGAAGCUUGUCCUUGUCAUCGAUCCUGACAACUACUACAAUGGAGCCAGCGGAGCCGGCACUACAUACACAAGAUGGGGAAAGGCUAGCUGCAGGAGAGGAGCUCAGCUGGUCUAUGCAGGACAAGUUGGUGGCGGUUUCUAUACUCAGCGUGGAAAUGGGGCUAAGUACAUGUGCAUGCCAUACGACCCUGCAUACUUGAGCACUGUGCCACCAGUUUCAGCUUCUUACAUUUAUGGAAGCGAAUAUGAAUCAUCGAACAGGAUCUUUGCAAAAAAAGUACAUGAUUUCGCUGUACCAUGUGCUGUUUGCCGUGCUAUAAGGAGGACGACUACAAUCACGAUACCGGCCAAACCAACCUGUCCUCGUGGAUGGACCAGAGAAUACUUUGGAUACAUGAUGUCAAGUUAUUUCAAUCAUGCUCAACAAGUCGAUCCAGUCUGCGUUGAUGUUAAUGCUGAUGCUGUUGCCGGUUCUCAAGGAAAUCAAAAUGGAAUCCUCUUGUACUUUAUGCGAGUUAUCUGUCGUGCAAACAGCAUUCCAUGCGGUCGCUACAGGAACAAUCUGGCCAUUACCUGUGCAGUUUGCUCCCGAUAAAUGGACUCAACAAGAACACCUUUCAUAAACUAGGUUUUGAGUAGUGUAGUUGAUUUUCAUUUGUUUUGGUCAAUUUUGUAGUUCAGUUGUUUUUUUUAAAAAGAAAUUGUUUCAAAAACAUUUAUGACUAAUAA